AGCUAACGCUAAUUUGAUGGGACAGCACUGGCAAAGGCGUGAAAACAAUUGUUAUUAACGCAUCUCUUUAUUUUUUUUCUUAAUAUAUAAUCGUUCUAGGCAUUGUGUUUAUUAAAGCUUAUCAAGUUACACCAAGCCACAUAUACAUACAGACGGCAUAGGACGAGGGGAAUCCCACGUAGAAUGUAAGAAAAAUGCGCAUGCGCGGACGAAGAUUGCUUCCGAUUAUCCUGUCGCUAUUUUUGAUCGUCCUACUGAGUCUUUGUUACUUUUCGAAUCACUUGAGGGAUUUAAGGCAGUCCCGCGAAAACGGUUUCUUGCUGCACCUACCACUCGAAACGAAGAGGAAUCCAGGUAACCCUUAUACUCCGUUAAGUAAUUCUCUUCUGAAUCUCACGGACUUCCAAUACUUGCUGGCCAGUAAUGUGUGUCGAAAGGCGAAAAGAGAACUCUUAGCCGUUUUAAUAGUGACUUCGUAUGCGGGGCACGAUGCCUUGCGAUCAGCUCACCGACAGGCAAUUCCCCAAAGCAAACUGGAAGAGAUGGGCCUGCGAAGAGUUUUUCUCUUGGCAGCACUGCCUUCAAGAGAGCUUUUUAUAAGCCAGGAUCAACUGGCCAGCGAACAGAAGCGUUUCGGGGACCUUCUCCAGGGGAAUUUUAUCGAGGACUAUCGCAAUCUGAGCUACAAACACGUAAUGGGAUUAAAGUGGGUCUCUGAGGAGUGCAAAAAGCAGGCCAAGUUUAUCAUUAAACUGGAUGAUGACAUCAUUUACGAUGUGUUUCAUCUGCGCAGGUACUUAGAGACCCUCGAGGUGCGACAACCUGGACUGGCCACAUCAAGUACUUUGUUAUCAGGCUAUGUACUGGAUGCCAAGCCCCCCAUUCGGCUGCGAGCCAAUAAGUGGUACGUUAGCAAAAAGGAGUAUCCACAUGCUUUAUAUCCCGCCUAUUUGUCGGGCUGGCUUUACGUGACCAACGUGCCAACAGCCGAAAGGAUUGUGGCGGAGGCGGAGAGGAUGCCAUUUUUUUGGAUCGAUGACACCUGGUUGACUGGAGUAGUAAGGACUCGUUUAGGUAUUCCCCUUGAGCGUCACAACGACUGGUUUUCUGCCAAUGCAGAGUUCAUCGACUGCUGUGUGCGAGAUCUCAAGAAGCACAACUACGAGUGCGAGUACUCCAUGGGACCCAAUGGCGGCGACGACCGACUACUGGUGGAAUUUCUGCAUAACGUUGAGAAGUGCUACUUUGAUGAAUGCGUCAAACGGCCGGUUGGUAAGUCGCUCAAAGAGACCUGUUUAGCGGCGGCCAAAUCUCGACCCCCUAAACAUGGUUUUGCUGAAAUAAAAGCAUUGCGACUCAGGUGACAUUCAAGGACAAAUGGCUUUUCAUCCUUUAGAAACUAAUCGAUAAUGAAGAAUAUAUUGCAAAGAGGAUAUGACUCCGGUACUCAUCCUUGCAUAUAUGUAUAUAUGUGCAUUACAAUAAAUGUUUUCCCAGAAAUCGACUUUAACUGAA